CAGUCACACAAUAGCGAUCUCUCCGCAGUGUGGAAAUAGUUGGUAGAGCGCACGUAGUCCAAUCCACCUUUUUAGCUACCAGAGCAAUAUACAUUUGUGAGUUUCUUGUCCGCAUCGCUUGGACCAAUUGGAUAGGAUUUUUAUUAAUUUUAACAGGCUCCGACAAAAGCGCAGUCAGUGAAGGACGUUUGAAAACUGACGGUUUGAAUUAUUGACUUCUGAUUAGUUCAGGAUUAAGUUCAAACCGGGAAAAGACACGGAUAGAGAUUUUGUUUUACCAACGAUAUAAGAUUAAUUUUAAUCAGCACAGACAGCAUGUCGAGAGAGGACGCUCGGAAUAGGCAUGACUUCACAAACAUCAUCGGACUGUUCAGCGUGGUCACGUUGCUGACUUUUCAAGGGGCGUUGUCUCAGCGGGUGAAGGUGGAACCGGAAGUGAUGUCCUACCCCAGCCAGGCGGUCAACCUGAGGUGUGCCUUCACAGACCCUGGAGGGAUACAGCUCACACAGGUGUCCUGGAUCUAUGAGCCGAAGGAGGGCGAGCGGCUCAACAUCGCCGUGUACCACCCUACCUUUGGGGCAAGCUACCCCACAUCUCCCCUGAAGGGGCGGGUCCGCUUCACGACGGAACCCCCCUCCCUCAGCAACCCCUCCAUCCAGAUCUCGGACGUCAAGAUGACUGACGAGGGGAAAUACAUCUGUGAAUACGCCACCUACCCCAGCGGCAACGAACAGGGCGUCACCUCCCUCGUCAUGCUCGCCAAACCCAGGAACUCUGCCUCCGGGGUAACAGUGAUAGCCUCCACUGUCGCUGCGGGAGCCAAGCCAGUUGCCGUGGCCCGCUGUGAGUCGGCCGACGGUCGCCCUGCUGCCCAGAUUGCAUGGGUGACGGCUGUCAACGGCAACGCUACCUCCGCCACUACGGCGGGCGCUGACAACACUGUGACGGUAUCCAGCCAGUACAUGCUGGUUCCCACAGCAGCAGACAAUGGCAAAGACAUCAGCUGUUUGGUGUCCCAUCGAACCCAGGGGAAGCCUGAGAGCUUCCUGAUGAAACUGGCCAUCGAAUACCCCCCACAGGUGACCAUCGUGGGCUAUGAUAAUAACUGGUACAUGGGUCGGACCAACGUGGCUCUGACCUGUCAGGCUACUGCCAACCCCAUCCCUACCACCAUCACAUGGAAAACUAUGACUGGUCAGAUGCCAGACACAGUGCAGGUAAAAGAAAAUGUGCUGACCGUGCUGAAGGUGGACGAGCAGGCCAACACAACCUUCGUCUGUGAGGUCAAGAACCGCCUGGGCACCGGCAAGGACCAGGUCACUGUUAUGGUCCGAGAACCCUCUGUGGUCCCCUCCAAUGCAGGCGUGGUGGCAGGUGCUGUGAUUGGCUCCCUUCUGGCCCUCCUCCUCGUCGCCGCCCUUAUUGCCGUCCUGGUCACCCGGAGCCGCCGGCAACAGCAUGGUUACCGCGGCAACCAAAACCCCAGUUCCUACGACAUAAAGUCGCGCAUCUUCGGUGGCGGCAAGAAGGGGAGCAAGAACGGGACGGGUGCUGGUGCCGGGGGCAACGGGGCGGACGGCAACAACAGCCCCAUCUACGUCUACAAGGAGGGCUCCGCCCAUGAUGGCCUGACUGACAAGGCCAAUCACCACGUGCCGCUACACCUGGGGGGGCAUGGUGAGGGGGGGGUUGCCACGGCGCAGGACAUCCUGCUGAGCGGCGAGCUGGACGAGGCGGAGCGGAGAAAGUUUGACCAACUGGAGGACGACGAGGAGAGUUACGACCACUUUGGAAGGGGCGGGCCCAUCCUGCAGCUCCGCCCACCACAUGACCAGGACAGAAUCAUGGGCGGUUACCUUGACGACGACAUGGAGUCUCAGCGCGACGGGUCGGUCAUCUCACGGACUGCCGUGUACGUGUAGAAAGAACGGGCAGAGGAAGAGGAGGAGGAAGGGAAAGCGGGAUGGAAGAAGGAAAGGAUGAAUGAAAAUGUCCUCCUUCCAGAGGAGUUGGUGGUGUUUGGUUCUCCUCUGUUGGAUCAUUUGAAAUAUAUUAACAACGACCAACAAUGCAGCCCAUAGAGAGAGCAAGAUGAACUGGAUGACGUGGCUGAGGGAGGGAAUGUACAGAAACAAGAUGGAGGACUGGUGUAUUGAUAAGACAAAUCUUUUUCUCUGGUCCCAAUAUGAAAAGUGGAUCACUUGGUAUCUAUCUACCAAAACAAAAGAAAUCCUAAAACUAUCUUCCUCACAUUGCUGCUCUGUCUGUUGUGUUCCUCCUUUCCUUAGCUUAGGGACCUUGGAGAUUGAAGCCUCCAGAGAGACACAUUGCGUUAGGGACUUGUGGGUAAAAUGGCAUCUCCAUGCAGCCGUUCCCUCGCUAGCUAGAGAAACUCCUCACGAAAAUAUUCACUCUUAUCUCCACUAAACGCACAGUAGCAAUGUAAGGGGUGUCACGAUGAUAUCUGCUCCCUGCUAUUCUCGUCUCUCUCCUGUGGGACAACGUUUGUUCCGGCUACAUUAGCCUUGUUUCUGCUGUACGUGACAGUACUGGGGAAGGGAAGGGGAACUUUGGCAGCGGAAGUGGUCGAUGUAGUUGUGGUUAAGUAGAAUGUCAGAUUCUCUCUCGUGUCUGUAUGUUGCAGUAGGCCUCCUCUUUCUACCUCAUUCUCUCUGCUAUUGUGCCACCAAUUGGAAGUAUGCACAGAAUUUAGUUUGGGACAUUCUGAAAUGAUAAACAACUUACUGAAGGAGGGGUAGUCAUCUAGAUGAAGAGUGCAUGAAAGGGGGAUUGAUAGAGGGAUAUGAGGGAGGGAAUGGAUAGAGGGAACCGUACAGCUGUUCUCAUCUCCGGAGAGACGGGGAGAGAGGGAUUAGGAUGAAUUGAGAGAGGGAGAAAAAGAAAAGGCUCAAACAGCAGGGCUGUUCUCCCUCUCCUCUGUUUGAUCCCUCUCUUCUUGUGGUGUUCCUGACACCUAAGAGUUUGAUUGCUAAUGAGCCAUGAAGUCACCGCUCAGCUUAGCCCACGCACACCAAAUGACCACCGCUUGGAUGUUAUGACGUGGACAUUUUCUCUCUCCCCGUCUCCUCCCCCAGUCUUUCUCCAUCACCUCUCUCUACCCUGUGUGUGUGUGUGAUUUACACAGGGCUGUGUGGAGGUCAGGGAUACAGGGAGAGCAGAGGGAGUAUUGCAUGGCUCCCUCCCUACGUGUCAAACACCCCACUUACUGUACCCCCUUCCUCCUGCCAGACCUGACUCAGAAAGCCAUGGUGGAGUCAUGCCCUGCUCACUGUACAUCUCAGCUUUCAUAGGUUGGUUAGUCAGGUUAUAUAGAAAUCCAAAUACAUGAUGGCAUAUUUGCAUCUGUAGCCAAUUAAGAUAUAAAUUAAGUCAAAUGCAUUGAUUGAUUCUGUGCAUACACAGAAUAGGUAUGACCUAUUAUAGGACCUAUAUUGACUAGCAGAGGUCUGGGUAUAAUCCUUCAUGAUUGAGAGACCGGAGCCUGAUAGUUUAGUGACUAAUUUGUCUUUCUAACAAGACAGGGCUGUUCAAGCCAAUAUCACCAUGUACAACUAUUAUACAUCACUAGAGGCAAACAGAUGACCACUGGAAGGCUAUGACCAGCUGUCUUCCUGAAGAGCCUUAGUUUCCUACCCUCAAUAGCCCAGAUCUGAAUCAAUCCCUGAACGAUUCCUAUCUCAUGACUCCCCUGUGAUUCAUCGUGUUCCCUGGUUAAUCAGUGGGGUUUCCUUGGCUGCCCUGACCAGGCGAGGCGCCUGAUUGGCCCAUUAAGCCUGGGUCUGUUUCUGGGUCACGGCCAGCCAAAGGUCAUGGGGUCACAGAGAAACGCACAUAUUACACACACAGUGUUCCAGGAUGACGUUAACUCUUGUGGUGGCUGUUGACCUUGGUGUGGGGGAGAGAAAGGGACGGAGAGGGGGGAGACUGGGAGGAAGGGAUAGAUACUGACCCACUGCGACUCGCCUAACCAUCAGCACUUGAUAACACGAUAGCCUAAGUCUGUCCUCAGUAUAGCCCGAAACUCUGGCUUACAUAAACAUUAUAGAUACAGUACACAUGCAGGGAGCAGGGCUCUACAGUGCAACCAUUUUACUUUCAUAUGCGCCUAAGUAUUUUGCUUUGCGACAUGGAAUCUUUAUUUUGGAGCACCGGUGCGCCUAGACAAAUUUAGAAUUCUAGCUUUAUUACCUCAAAUAUUUUUCACUGUGCUCCUAAAUUUCUUUGUGUGCGCCUACAUUUUUCAACUUAGCCACACACGUGCUCCUAAAAAAGGUCAGCGUAGAGGCCUGUAGUGAACUACUUAUAAUGACCACUAAGAAACACGUAUCUCCAAUCUUUGCACUUGUGUGUAACACCAAAACAGGAUAUGCCCACGAGUUAUAUUUGUAUGAAGGUGAUAAAGUGUGUCUGGAGAAAUAUUGAUAAUGUCCUUAAGUUUGAAGUGAAGAGGGAGGGAAGGGAGAAAGUUGUAUGUAUAUUUUGGUGUGAGGUAUCUGUAUACUAUAUAUGUACGGAUCUUUAUUUUUCUUGUCGAACUCCUGUGGAAAAAAUGUGGAUAUUGAUCAGUGUAAAUUAUUGCUGUAUAGUCAAUGGUGUCAUGUGGAACUCACUUCCUAGUUUGGCCAAGGUCAAAGUUCAAUCAGAGCCAAUAAUACUGUACUCCGAAUGUAACUGCUUGAAUAGACAACCCUUCAAUGAAAAGGUAUAAGAUGCACAUCUUCAGCUAUUAAAUACUGGUGAGUCUAGUUCAUCUCAAGAACAAUAGUUGAAAUGCAUGUAAACAAAACAGAGUUUUUCAGCCAGGUUGAUAACUGAAAUAACUGGAUUGGCAGGUUCACUAAACUCAAUCAGCAUACUUAAGAUACCUGCUCCUUCACCCAUAAACACACAUACUAUUUAUCAGAUAGACUAGCUCCCACAGAGGCAGUGAUCUGUGUGGUUUCUGAGUCAGCGCUGUGUGUGUGGCUCAGAGGCUUUGGGACAUCUGUCAGUGCCACAGGGUGUGUAACCCGAAUGGCCAUUUCCUGCCCCCUCUGUCUCUUAGCAGUGGGAGUUAGAGGAAACAUUACUGUACACUGUCCCCUGCAGCCUGAUCUCACUCUCACUCACUCACACACUCUCUCACACACACACACACACACACACAGAAAGGGGGAACUAGUAGGAGAGACACUUCCCCAAACGCACACAAACACUUAGUGGUCCGAACUCUGUCAGAACAUUCACAGACCCUUCUGUUCUUCAGAGAGUGGGAGAGAGCCACACACACACACACUCCUCUUGCCCACUGUCAGGGAUUUAAGGAACAUGUGUUCUGAGAACACUUUCUGAGAAUCAUCUGUACUGUUGCUCUCUCUCUGUGAGGGCUGUGUUUUUAAAGCUUUCAUAAAAUAAAUACCCAAUUGGCCAAUCUUUUACAACAUUUAUUUUUUAUUUUAAGUAAAUGCUUUCUGGGAAUCUACUUCUCUUGACCUCCGCUUGUACUGCCUGGCACAAAGGUUUUAAAAUAAAACUGCUUUUAGAGAGUUGACGUAAUGUUCCUGACCUGGAGCUAACACAGCGUUAGGUUGUUAUUUAGUUGUUGUUGAUAAUCCACAUAUUCCUCCUUUGGCUCUAAACACUGAUGACUAAUCGAAGCCUUAACUUCCUUGUCGUCUCAAUCGCUCCCCCCUGACGUGUACAUAGUAUAAAUAUAUAAAUACAGUAUCUAGUGGAAAGAAAAAUAAAGAAUUACUAAUUUAUGGUGUCACAUGUUCUAUUUCUCAGCGCCAAGCAUGAAGGAUUUAUUAUCUUCUGUAUCAAUGCUUAUUUUACAAGUCCUUAUCUUUUUAUCUCUUAUUGCAGUGCUUUAUAAUUUGUUUUUGGAGUGCUUUAUUUAUCGACUGCUUUGCUGUGACUACUACGCCAAAACAGGCUUAAUGUGCUUUUACCGUGCACCAUUUUGUACAGUGCACACUCGAAACAAUCUUAUCACAAAAUGUGCUUUUUAUUCACCGCUCUCUGAACUUGUUUGUUUUAUUUUUUUAAAGAAACCUUUUAGAAUUUGUCACUAUUUGUCAUGUCUUUCUAUUUUGUUGUUUUUUUGUAUUUGGUUGCAAUUAAAGUUUUCUUGAUUUUUGAAAAGA